AUUUUCAAUCCAAAGCUGGAUGUUGCGUUUAUGUGCUUAACGACUUAGGCUGCUCUCGUGCCCACGCUCUUGAAUCGUCUGAGUUUUCCACCAUCUGGCUACGACUACAGAUUCACUCUCAAACUAAAUUAUCUGUGCUGUAUACCUCUCACUGUAUACUCCUCUGACUCUAAGAAAUUCUUUGACUAGUUAACUUCCAAAGAGGAGCACAUUCUGAUUAUCUUCUCUUUUGCAGAGAUCUCCAUUCUUGGAGACUUUAAUGUCCACCACCAACUUUGGCUUUCCUCUCCCUUCACUGACCAUCCUGGUGAGCUAGCCUUCAACCUUGCUAUCCUCCAUGACGUAGAGCAAUUGGUGCAACACCCUACUCGUAUUCCUGACCGCCUUGGAGAUACGCCCAACAUUCUUGACCUUUUCCUGCCCUCUAAUCUUUCUAUUUAUGCUCUCAUCCUUUCUUCUCCGUUGGGCUCCUCAGAUCACAAUUGUAUCAUUAAAAUGAUAUGUACCAUCUAUUAUUUAUUUAUACAAUAUAUUUUUGUUAUCUGUGUUAAAGAAAAUGUAAGUUGUGUUCUGUUGGAAUGGGAGAAGUUUGGUACGCUUCUUUGUGGUGUUUUGUUUCACCCACUACCUGUGAACAUGGUCGGCCUGGCGGGUUGUCUAAGCCGGCCCACCAAUGUACUGUGGGUUGUUGUGUUGGAUGGUCCUCUGUGCUACAGACGGAGAAUGUAGGGACGCCCUGGACUUUCAUGUCGGUUGGUGUGUUGGUUGGUCCUCCGUGCUACAGACAGAGUUGUGAGGACGCCCUGGACUGGAUGAUAGUUGGGGUGGUGACAUGUCAGGUGUGCUACGGGGAUUCGAAGAGCGUCAGUGUGGGCCACUGAAAUGUCUGUUCACAAGAACAUGCUACAGAAGGGUUUCCUGACGCAGAUGAUGCACUCCUGCAAGAUUGUGCAACAGAAGAGGCCAAUGGGACAUUUGACCAAACUGUGGUUCGUAAAUCAUUAGUUAAGGAAGAUACAAGUUGGGAGUCAUCUGAGUCAAAACUGUUCAUCACAAUUGAAAAUAAAAGAAUUAUAAAAAGAAAACAGGCCAUUAAAAGACGAGCGUGCUACAUUAAAGGCCAAUGUAUCGAAAGUUGACGAAAGCGUCGUACAAUCUACAGCUGAAGAUAUAUUACAUCCUAUUUUCACUAAAACAUAUCUGAACUGAUAAACAAAAGAAAAAAAAAAGACAAAUCAUGACCAGAUUGCAUUGCAGCAGCUUUCACUGAAGAGCAGUAGCAGUUAAAGGAAUGUCUUUACCUUGUAUUUCAACGCUGAACGAAAAAGCCAGAAAUUUUCAGUGUGAGCCUGCCGUUAUGUUUUAUCACUGGUGUGUGUGUGGUGAGGGUGGAAAGGCCAGAGUGGCUGUUCCCUCGUUUCUUGAUACUUCACCGUCCCCUGUGAGAUCUGAAUUAGACUGGUGCCAUGCUUUCUUGUGUCAGGGCACAGUUGAGAUUGACGGGAUCGAAUAUCCUGUCACAGUUUUGAGAGAAAUGGCCGCACAGCAGUCGCUGUGCAAGAAUGUAACUAGGAGGCGAGUUGUCUCCGAUCAGCCUCUCCGGGGAGUUGGGACUGCAGAAAGCUUCGUCACGGCAGAGAUUAGGUUGUCAUGUUACUGACCGUGGAGGCGUGGGUGGCACUAGCUGAGAACAUGCCAGUGUCAGGCGUUGAUUUCCUCCUGGGGAAUGACCUGGCUGGUGGGAGAGUUUGGUUGCAGUCCCUAUCUGCAUAGGCCGACUAGGAUGUAGAGGUUCCUGAGAGUGCUGACUCUGCUUGCCGUGUUACUUGCCCUAAGGCGAGGUGAGCACUCCGGCGUCAGAUGCCAGUGGGAUCUGUGACUUUUGGGGUCAAUUGUAAUAAGGGAGGGCCACCACAAGAGAAGUGCAGUAUUUGUAUUGAUGCUGCAGUGGCGACAGAGUGCCCAGAAGCCUGUCCUGCUGCUGGCAAGGGUGUGAGCGAGUCAGAGUCAGAUAUGUCUUUGAGUCAUUGUGAUGGGACUUACUGAAGAAGCGCAGAGCCACUGCAGAAAGCAUCUGACUUUGGUGAAGUGUUGCCGGGGUAAAGCUGGACUGAUGGGUUUGUGUCGUUUGUUUGAUGGCUUGUCUUACCCUGCGGAGCCUCUCGGAGGUGAUGCUGAGGCAGAGUUGUCACCUGGAGAUGAGACUGUGGGUGCUGGUACUCAGUCUGGGCCCCAGUCGGUUGUGUAUGAUAGGUCAGGGGCCACUGCUGAGGGCAGGGAGAUUUCUGGCUCUGCUUGGGAGGUGGGAGUUUCCUCCCCUGCGUAGUGUAGCAGGGGCAGGGAGCAGGCUGUUCCCCUGCCGGGAUCAGACAUGGUGGGUGUUUGCUCACAUAGUGAGCCACCCAUGCUGGCAGCUACUACUACAGCUAUUAGUGAACCUGAGGAGGGUUCUGUCCCUCAUGUAUGUGCUGCUCCACUACUUCCCAAGACAGGAAUGGAUGGCAAGGAAAUUGA